AUGGAAGAUCGCAAAGUCUCAUUGCCCCUGAUGGUACGCAGCAGUGAAGACCUACAAUUCGUCGAAGAGGACAACGAUACUGCAUCAGACACCGAGGCAUCGACGAGCCUGAUGCAGAAUGCUUUUUUGGCCCCUAAUCAAAAACAGACAUUUGAUGUGUCGUCCACUUGCAAGUCUACUAAUGGUGAACUCGCCAACUCGAUCAGCUUUGAUGACCAAUUGUGUGGUGCAGUACAUAAGGAAACUGAAUUCACCCUCUCAAGCCCAGGUCAUCCUUCGUCCUAUCCCUCUAGGGGGCGCUGCGAAUGGACUGUGGUCCACAGUCACUCGACCGUAUGUGGUCUGGAAUUUCAGUUCUGGGCAUUCGAUCUGGAACCGAGUGAUAAUUGCACUUACGACUACCUCCAAGUUCAAGGCAGUGAGAGGCUAUGCGGGAGAAUUCCUUCAGGAACAGUUCGUUUCUUCAAGUUUACAGGCAAUUUGACGACGAUAACGUUCGUCAGUGACAAUCAAAACUCCAGGAUGGGCUUCAACAUUACAGUCAAACAACUCAACUCGUGCAAUACCCCCACUGAAGGUAAAAUAUCCCAGCCUUUCUAUUUCCAUUGCUAUUCUUUUAUAUGUGAUGGCCAUUUUUCAAAGAAAGACAUCUUCUUACGCAGUCCUGGGUUUCCUGCAAACUACAGUGACGACGCAGACUGUACGUACCACAUCAACAGAUUCAGCAAGAGAGUCUGCGCCCUAAAGGUGACCUUUGCCCAUUUCCGCUUGGAGAAGAGCGCCCUUUGCAAAAGUGAUUACUUUGCGGUCGACGAGAAGAAAUUCUGUGGUCAACUGGCUGAUGCAACAACAGAGACGUUCCCUUUCCAAACGGAGAGCAAACUCCUUCGAUUUCAUUCCGACUCCAGCGUGACGGGCCCCGGAUUCUUCGCCCACAUACACCAAGAAGAGUGCGAGCAAAGGUCCCUGGCCAUCGUUGGGGAGGAAGAAUGUUCCAGAGAUUACCGGGAGACGGAAUUCGAGCUGCAGAGUCCGGGUUAUCCCGAAAACUACAAGAACGAGGUACGCUGCCGCUAUAGCGUUGCGCGUGCUUCCAAAGACGUGUGCGAGCUGGUAGUGACUGUCCGUGACUUCAAACUCCAGGAAGGGGAAGUGUGCGAAAACGACUACCUGCAGAUAGCGGAAGAGAGACUAUGUGGUACCAUAGAGUCUGGAAUGAACAGGACGUACCCGUUUGGUGAUCAGGACAACAUAAUCAUGAUCUUCGAGACGGACUCCACCGUGCCGGACAAGGGCUUCCACAUAUCUGUCCUGCAACGGAACUGCUCGUCGAACGAGACAGCGUCCGGGAGGAGGGCAUCGUCCCCCUCUUCGAGCUGCGACCGGACCCUGACCGGCAGCGAAGACUACACGAUCCGCAGCCCCGGGUUCCCGGAUUUCGUCUAUCCGCCGGACAUGGACUGUCGCUGGACGGUUCUGCGGUCCGGUUCCUCGACUUGCGAGUUGGAGCUCGUCAUCCACAGCCUGCACAUCCAGGUUGGGGACAGCUGCCAGUAUGAUUUCCUGGAAGUUGACGGGCAUCGUUUCUGUGGAAGCACGACCGCGGGAAAUAAACGUGUUUUCUCCUUCAAAACGGACAGAAUUGUGGUACAUUUUCACUCAGAUUCAGUGACGCAGGAUAGGGGGUUUGAAGUGACCCUGACCCAACGAGAGUGUGCCGCCCCCACGACGACCCCAUCUUCACUGUGUGACCAAUACUUCGAAAGUAGCCAAUUUGUGCUGCUCAGUCCCAAUCAUCCUGCCGAUUAUGACAAUGGAGUCGAUUGCAGGUACGUGAUUGGACGCCUGAACGACGAUAUUUGCAGAUUAGAGUUUCAGUUUAUGAGGUUCGAUGUCGAGUCGAGCAGCGAAUGCGAGUACGACUACCUCGAGAUCGAUGGCGAGAAGAUAUGCGGCGUCAUCGAAAACACCACACGAACCUUUCCAUUCAAGGACUACGAAAAGCAGCUGACUUUCCAUUCCGAUUCCGGGACAUCCAGACCAGGUUUUAUGAUCAUAGUUCAACAAAUUUCCUGCAAAUCUCCACCUGCUGGUGCCACAUCGCCGAAAAGUAAAACAUGUGGAACUGCACUGUCAAGUUCGACCUUUGAAGUUAAGAGCCGUAAUCACCCCAAGAACUACGACCCCCAUCAGAACUGCGAAUGGAACAUCACCAAAGCAAGUCGAGGGGUGUGUGCUUUGGAACUGACGUUCCUUACCUUUGACGUGGAAGCGAGCGAUGGAUGCCAGUAUGAUUACCUGUUGCUGCAGGGAGAAAAACUAUGUGGGAUUUAUCCGACAAACCUCAAAAGAGUCGUGCCGUUUGAAGAGCAAUCAAUAUCCCUUCAAUUUCACACGGAUGGAGCUACUGCAAGACCUGGAUUUCAUAUUCGUGGACAGCAAAUGGAUUGUGCCCCGUUGACUGGAGGGAGAACUGCAGGUAAAAGAAGAAUUUCAGAAUGCGACAUGACAUUCAACAAUGCGAGUGGCACCUUCCAAAGUCCAUCGUUCCCAGACGCCUAUCCGGUUUCGAAACGUUGCGUCUAUCGAUUCGAAGCCCUGCCAGACCGGUGCCGGAUCUCUCUACACUUCCUAGAAUUCGGACUGGAGGCCGAAAAUGCUCUUUGCACGAAAGAUUUCUUGAUCAUCAAUGGGAUAAAGUACUGUGGACCUCAACUUCAAGGACAAAAAAGAACUUUGACAUUUUAUGGUCACCCGCGAGUUAUCAACGUCACCUUUUUUAGCGAUGCUUCCGGUUCUGGCAGAGGAUUUUAUGCUGUCUACAAGCAACUGCCAUGCGACCCCGCAGCUGGUCGAGGACCGUCUCGCCGCACGGAUACAAUUCCAUUUCGCUGUGACCGCCUGUACGCGUCUCCAGCUUUCGUGCUGCUGAGUCCGGCUCAUCCGGCUGCCUACCCGCCUGAUUCUGAAUGUCGAUACACCAUCAGGCGACUCAGCGUCAGGGUGUGCCGCCUACGUCUCUCCUUCAGGCGGUUUGAAGUCGAGAGCAGCGAGGGCUGCGAAUAUGAUUGGCUGAAAGUGGGGGAAGAGAAACUUUGUGGAACAUUGCCUGACGGAUACACCAAGUUGGUGGAAUUCAAAGGUGACUACCAGACUAUUUUUACCUUUCACUCUGAUUCGGCCAACGCUAGACCUGGCUUCGAAAUAAAAGUCGAGCAGGAGGAAUGUGCCCCCCAAACUGUGGAGACGUCUUCUUGGAAAGCAGAGCCGGUGCACGUGGAACGUCGCCCGUUCGUGGAGACACUCCACUACCCCCACAUUCAUCCCUACGACUACGAACAUUUGUCUGAUUACCCAGAAAUUGAGACGUUGUCUCACCAGAGGACGCUACAGGUUCAUCGAACCACGAACUGCGACCGGACGUUCCAACGAGCCGAGUUCGAAAUACGAAGUCCCGACUUCCCCUUGCCUUAUCCCGCAGGUGUCGACUGCCGCUAUCUGGUCAGGCGCCCCUCUCGGAAUGUCUGCUGGGUCAAGCUGACUUUCCUUAGGUUCGAUCUGGCUGCCAGCGAACACUGCCUCCAUGAUUAUCUCAGCAUCAACGGAAGACGUAUUUGCGGAACGUUGCCGGAUCACGAAAUUCGAGCCUACCUCUUUGAUUCCGAAGAAAUAUCCCUGUACUUCCGGUCAAACAGUGCUCAUUCCCACCGAGGCUUCCUCAUACGCGGAGAGCAGCUGAAGUGCAAACCUCACGUCGAGAAGACGCCGCCGCCACCACCGCCUCCAGUAGUCUGCGACAGGACGUUCCACAGAGAUAUUUUUGUGAUCCAGAGCCCUAAUUUCCCCGAGGUCUAUCCUCCCAACGCGGAGUGUCGAUUUGAAAUCAAAAAGGCAAACCGUUACAUCUGCGGCCUGCAGUUGAGCACGCUGGCCUUCGAUCUGGAAAACGACGCCGUUUGCAGGAAGGAUUAUUUGCAAGUGGGGAGUGAGAAGCUAUGCGGACCCAUUCCCACGAGAACUGUCAGACUCAUUUCCUUCACCGACGAGACGAUGAUCAUCAAGUUUCGUUCGGACGGCAAAACUCAACGCCCCGGAUUUUCUAUUUUAGUCCAACAAACGGAAGACUGCCCCGAAAUCAGGAGGUCUUCUUCAACGAGCGAAUCCUGCUCACAAGAAUUUCGGGACGAAUCCUUCUUGGUACAAAGUCCCUCUUUUCCGGAGGACUACCCGCCCGGAGCCACCUGCGAGUACCUGAUCAGGCGGGCGAGCCCCGGCCACUGCAGCAUCGAGUUAAGAGUCCUCAGCUUCGACGUCGAAGAAGACGCAGGGAAAGGGCUCGCCCGAUGCAGCGGGGAUCGACUCGAGCUGCCGAGGAAUUACAGACUCUGCGGACAGUUGCCCAAAGAUCACAUUGAAAAAAUUCCAUUCCUUCCUGAUGAGGAGAACAUUCUCCUGACAUUCCAUUCGGACGCUGCCUCCCAGAGACAAGGAUUCUCCAUACAAGUGCGACAAAUUCCAGACUGUCCGAAAAAUGAAACUGGUAAGGACGAUUAUUGCGGAGGAGUCUUCAAGCAGUCCGAAUUCGAUCUCCAGAGCCCCGGCUAUCCCGAGGAGUACCCCCAAGGAGCUACCUGCGUCUACACGGUGGUGAAAUUCUCUUCGGAGGUGUGCGCCCUGGAACUUCGUUUCGCGCACUUUGAAGUCGGAGAAGGGCCGGACUGCAAAAGGGACCACCUGGAUAUUGGCCACAAGACUCUCUGUGGAACGCUUCCGUCUGGUUUCACACGUGAUAUACCUUUCGAUACUCAAGAAAUACGCUUUACUUUCAACUCCGAUUGGGACAGUUCCAAAAGUGGAUUUUCCAUAAAAGUGAAACAAAAGACCGAAUGUGGAACAACAUGGAAGCCUGCCACUCCUCCCAUCCGAAUGUGCGACCACUGCCUCAGGGAAAGAAGGGGCCACAUCAUUUCCCCGGACUAUCCGGCCCCCUACCCGCCGGACCUGUCCUGCUCGUUCCGGCUCGUGCGGGUCCGGACCUUCUGCGGAGUGGAGGUCUACUUCCACGACUUCAACAUCGCAGAGACUCCAGAGUGCGAAGGGGAUGCACUCAUAGUGGCCGGGGAGAGAUUGUGCGGCGACAAACUGAAAGGGAAAAGCAGGAAAAUCGAUUUCCCGAUCGGCGAGGCGGAUGAAGUUGUUCUUAUGUUCGAAUCCGACAAGGACGGCUCAGCGCCGGGCUUCCACGCAGAAUACAAACAGAUUCCGUGCAGGGGCUAUCCGUGGAGGCAGGGGCACUCCCAGUGGAGCAGCCCCGAAAAUGGAUCCGACUGGACGCCGCGGAUGCAGUUAUCUGCAGAAAGACCCAUCCUCUCUUUCAGAGCUUCUCGUUCAGUCCGAACUGUCAAAGGAUGA